CAUAAAAGAUGUACCACUUCCCAGAUGUAAUAUUACCAUGAUUUUUUUUUCUGUGUAUCUGGACUGGUUCGACUUUUUCUCAGUUUCGCAAAAUCCCGAAGAGAGUGUCGACGACUAUGUGUGCCGGGUGAAGUCUCUCGCGAAGAUCUGUAAGUUCAACGCCUUGGAAGCUGAUAUGAUCAGAUACAAGCUGGUAACCUCUAUCAAGUGGGUGAACCUGCGUUCGAGAUUGGUCACUAUGCCCGAUCUAACGGAAGCACAAGCUGUUGAUUUCUGUCACGCGGAGGAGAUAGCCGAACGUCACCCCCUCACCGAAGAACAGCAAUACGUCACGGUCAACAGGUUGAAGCGGAAGGCGAGGAGGUGCAAAUUUUGUGGUGAACAGCAUGACUUCACCAAGGGAGUCUGCCCAGCUCUCGGCAAGAAAUGCUAUCGAUGUGGUGGCAAGAAUCACUUCGAGGUUGUGUGCAGAGCAGAACGGCGAAAGAAGCAAAAACGACGAUCUCGAAGGCAGAUGGCGUACAACGGAAGCAGUACCGACGAAGAAACGGAGACGGAGUCAACAAGCAGCGAAAGCGGUACAGUUGGAAAGGUGUCCGCCGGAAGUGGCAGCAUUGCAGCGAAUCUGGACAUGUGUAUCGCGGGAAAGUGGCAGUCAGUGCAGUGUGAGUUGGAUACUGGAGCGAGCACUAGCCUCGUGGGACGCAGUUGGUUACAGCGGAUGACCGGACAAGACAUGAACGAGCUGCAACCAUCUAAGUAUCGGCUUCGUGGUUUUGGAGGUGCGGAAAUUCCUGUGAUCGGUCAGACGGAAAUCCAAUGUCGACAAUACGGCCGUAAGUACUACCUGGUUCUGCAAGUUGUCGAUGUUGACCAUGGUCCGCUACUGUCGGCAAAUGUUUGUCGUACUCUGGGCUACUUGAAGUUCAGCAACAAGACUCAGUUCAAACUGCCGAAACCUGCUGAUACUCAACGAAACAUCUUCCGCAUUGAAGCUCAACACACGACAUCACCUGGCGUUCUGAAGGUUUACGAGUUAUCAAGCACGCAACCGGUGAGAUGUAGCUGUAAUUGUGACGUAGGUGUUUCACGGCAGCCAAAGGCAAAUGUUCCAGUUCACGUGCGCUCCAAGAACUUGCGAGCGGUUGUGUUUUAUGCGGUGGGUGGUGGGACCAGAAACAAACCGAAGAUUCACUUCCGAGUGUUUAAAAAAGAAAUGAAGACCUGGUCUGAGUUACGACAGCCGGGUCCUGUCCCGAAGGCAAUCUCCACCCUGUCGGACCGUGUUCCGGAGGAAGUCAACACUCUGCCAGGCCCUGUCCUGAUGGAAAGCGCAUCGCUGGAUCCUGUUCUGGAUGCAACCCAAGUUCUGGCGGGUCCUGUCCCGAAGGCAAUCUCCGACCUGCCGGACCGUGUUCCGGAGGCUUUCAACGCUCUGCUAAGCCCUGCUCUGGAGGCAAGCGCAUCGCUGGAUUCUGAUCCAGAUGCAACCCAAGCCCUGCCGGGUCCUGUCCCGAAAGCAAUCUACGCCCAGUCGGAUCUUGUUCCGGAGGAUUACACUGCUCCGCCAGGCCCUAUCCUGGAGGCACCCGCAUCGCUGGAUUCUUUUCCGGAUGCAGCCCAAGCCCUGCCGGGUCCUGUCCCGAAGGCAACCUACUUCCUGCCAGACCGUGUUCCGGAAGCAGAACCUGAAAAGGUCGGCGAUUCCGAGAUCAACCGAGAUUCCGCGCCGAAGUUAGACAAUCCAGCAAGCCCACCUGAUACAAGCCGUUCCAGAUGGACGGCUCCAACGACAACCAACCUCAACCCGAACGAGAGAGAAACCCGAACCAGUCGAGUCUCCCGCAUCUCCCAGAUCGAAGCGCAACAUCGACGGGAAGCCAUCAAGAAUCGAUGCGUCGCCGACGCACCAAACCAAGCCGAUGACCGCGAAACUCAAAAGCCACCUGACGAAGGUGCAAUCCAACGGCGGCCCUGGGACCUAGGGAUCGCGCGGCGUACGCAGUCCAGCUAGAACACCACGACCGAAUAGGGUUUGCCCCAACCCGUACGACGAGAAUGACUACGCCCCUGCGCAACGGCAGAGCUGUCAUCGACGACGUCAACAACAAG